AUGGAACCAUCAGGAUGCCCUCCACCUUUUCCCAGAAACCAUACUUUGAAUGCAGCCGGUGACAGUUGUCACUGGGAGGUCAGCGACAAAGUGAGGCUGCGUCGCUUUCUGUGCUACGGCUCGGAGGCAGACAUAUACACUGCCACAGAGGAGGCUCAUCUCGUCGUGGCACAUGCAGGAGCCCUACUGUCCAUGCUUCAGGAUGGCCAAGGUAUUGAAGCGGUCAACGAAAUCAAAGGGUUUGCUCAAGAUGGGCGAGCUGUUGGAUUGGAACCCUGCAUUUUUGCCUUGGCGCUGUGCUCACAACAUUCGGAAGUGACGACCAAACGUGCAGCCUUUAAAGCUGUGAGGGAGAUUUGUCAGGAUCCCGCCCAUCUAUUUUCCUUUAUUCAAUAUAAGAAAGAAUUGAAGGAGGACAUGAAGUGUGGAAUUUGGGGACGGGCCUUGAGGAAAGUUGUGUCUGAUUGGUACAACAGCCAGGAUGCCCUCAGUCUUGCAGCAGUUGUGACCAGAUGUAAACAGAGAGGUGGCUGGUCACACCGGGAUAUACUCAGGCUUUCUCACACCAAACCAGUUGAUGAAGCUAUCGCCUUGAUCAGCAAAUAUGUAACAAAAGGAUGGAAAGAGGUCCAAGUUGCCUAUGCUAAUAAAGAAAACACAGUGGAUGUUGUCAAAGUGCUUUCAUAUCUAGAAAUAGUGGAGAAGGUCAAGCACAGUUGUGAUGAAACAGCGGUGAUCAAUUUGAUUGAGGAGCACAAACUGGAAAAGGAGCAGCUUCUCACGGAUCACCUCAAGUCCAAACUAGUUUGGAGGGCUCUGUUGAAGGAAAUGCCGCUUCACUCAGUUCUACGAAUUAUUGGAAAGAUGACAGCCAAAAAGGUGCUUCAGCCUGGGGGGUCGGAAACCCAAGCGCUGUGUGAAAGAAUCCAGGCGGAGGCAGUACUAAAAAAAGCAAAAAUUCACCCUUUCAGCGUACUCUUGGCUUCUGAACAUUACAAAAGAGGUCAAGGCUACCAGGGUAAAACAAAAUGGGUGGCUGAUGGCAGCAUCCUCAAAGCCUUGGACAUUGCCUUUUAUAAGAGUUUCUUGAAUGUGGAGCCGGUUGGAAAAAGCUUUGUUGUGGCUGUGGAUGUGAGUACAUCGCUGAGCAGUGUUGUCCCAGGAACUUCAGUCAGCACAGCAGUUGCUGCUGCAGUUGUUACUAUGGUAUUUGCGAGAACCGAGGCAGAAACUCAUGUACUGGCCUAUUCUGAAGGAGCUUUGGAACAAUGUUCUGUGUCUGCUGACAUGACACUUGCGCAAACAACUGAUGAACUAAUAAAGAUCCCUGGAGGAAGCACAGAUUGCACUCUACCCAUCACAUGGGCCACAGAGAAUGGGAAAGCUGUCGAUGUGUUCAUCAUUCUCACCAACAACCCAUUGUGGGCUGCUUCUGCUAGCUCGGUGGAAACGCUGAAGAAACACAGACAAAUGUUAGGAUGCAGUUCCAAGUUGGUGAUGUGUGGGCUGACAUCCAUGGGACACACAAUUGCUGACACCGAGGACAGAGGUCUACUGAGCAUCUGCGGUUUUGAUCUCGGAGCCUUUAGUGUCAUUCGUAACUUUGCAUUGGAUCUAAUAUGA